AUGCCCCUCCACAGCUAUGGAACCAGCGGGGGUCUUUCCGUCGCCUCGCGCUACGGGGCCUUGCAGCGUGUCUUCAACGACAAGCUGCGGGAAUGGCACUGGCAGCGAAGUACCGGCACGAUGUUUCAGGUGUGGCAGCCCCCUGGCGUCAUCUUCGGCUGCCUCAAGAAAGAGCACUAUGCGCACGGCCGAAAAGUUCCAGCUUGGGAAGACUGGGGCUUCGGUGACCGCAAAGUCCCUUGUCGCCUCGUGAUCCGGGCCUUGGCCGGACGAUGGAUCCUCUGGAAAGCCAUGCAGCAGCGCCAGGAGAGUUGGAUUUUGGCAGAUGGGGAUGACAGCCACCUCUUCAAUGCGUUUCUUGGCGCCAUGGACUUUUACAACUUCGACGCCCUGGAGCCGGAGGGGAGUUUUCCGAACCUGCGGCUGCUCUACGCACACGCACGGACCUCCAUGGACUUCUUCCCGCCCUUCUCGCUGCGAAGCAUUCAUGUGCACCUGCCGUGGGCCGAACGCACGUCGAAGCCCAAACGCGCGGCCCUGAUCUCGCCGAAGUUCAUCGUUGAUGCCAGCAACGUCUUGGAAGCGCGCGGCGAGUUCCACAUCGUUGCCGAUGACGAAGAGCUCAUGCAGCAGGCCUGCGCAUGCUUGACGAAGAGUCGGCUCUUUGGACCCAGCUUGCCGUUUCCGUUCCACGUAGAAGGUUUGCCGGCCAGCUAUCCGGGAGAAGAUCGUCUACGAGCCGACCAGCAGAUUGUCACUGGGAGGAAGUCGAGCUCACCACUGUUCUACAGCGCGUGGGAAAAGCGGCCGCCACAACAUCCGAACUUCCGCUUCAAGGGCGGAGCCACGCCGACGCUCCUCGAGGAGUAG